AUGGAGGAAAAUGUAGAAAAUGGUUCGGAAACAAGAUCUUCUAUAAAACAGACAGGAGAUUAUGUUUCAAGAAAUAAAGAGAGCAGUUCUAGCGAUAAUUUAUUCGUUAUUGCUAGAUGUCAAAGAAACAAAGAGGUUAUUCAUAAUCAAAGCACAAGUACAAGUAAUAACCAGGAAUCAACCGAAGAGUCGGAUGUCGAAGAGCGUCUUCUUGUGGUCUACUGUCGAUCUGGGAGAUUAGGAGCAGCGUACUUUACGCUUCAGACUGGCGAGCUAUGUGUACUAGACGAGAUAAUAGAUCGUCCACCAGAGCACCAGAUAUUCAUUAGCCUCUUCCGACAAGUGGAACCGAUCAAAGUCCUACUGGACGGCAAGAUUCAAGGUACCUUCGUCAGCGCUGUGAAAGCUAUAGUUUUCAACAACGAAACUAACGACGAUGGCCGAUGCAAGCUCAUCUUCAUAUCGGCUAAAGAGUACAACUACGAAGCUUGCAAAAGGCGCAUACUCACCCUGUCCUUACCCCACGAACCCCCCAAUUGCACAGAGGAAGAGCGCACGAUGUUCCUCCGCACGGUAGUGGACUUCAGUCAGGUCCAAAGCGUGCAUGCACUGGGCGCAUUGCUCCGAUACCUAGACAUGAACUGGUCCAAUCUGACUUUGAAUAUGCAAGGCAAGCCGCAGUUCCUCAGCUUGAAAAGAAUUUCUUUAGCGGACAUUGUGACAAUAGACGAGGAUACGUACCGUGGACUGCAGGUGUUUAGUUCGCUCGCACAUCCCAGUAGCUUCAAGAAAGGCGUUCAGGGCAGCAACAAGGAAGGCCUCAGUUUAUUCCAGCUGUUCAGCAAAUGUUCCUCGAGGGUUGGUCAUUCGCGUCUGAGAGUGCUGCUUCGGCACCCGAGCUCGGACAUAGCAACUUUGCAACGACGUCUCGACGUCGUGGAGUUCUUCACGAAACCUCAGAGCGAUUCACUCAUGAGGAACAUUUGCGCAUCGCUGAGAUUUAUUAGAAACGUAAACGGUAUUCUUGCAAAAAUCAAGGCACUGUCGGCUAAAGCCUAUCAGUGGAAGUCUUUGUAUAACACGUUGUACAACGCUGUGCUCAUAUGUGAACUGUGUGAGAACGCGGGCAGCUCUAGCGAGAUUCUCCAGCAGCUCGCCUCUUGCGACAACCAUAACUUAUAUGAGAUGGCACUAUGUAUGAAUAGAAUUAUUGACUUCGACCUCUCCAAGUCUGAAGGAAAGUUUACCGUGAAAGCGGGAGUCGAUCCUGACCUGGACCUGAAGAAACAAACGAUGGCAAGCCUUCACGGACUUAUGUCGGAAACCGCUAAAGUAGAGUUGGAUCGACUGCCGGCCUUCAUAGAGGAGUGCACCAUGCUGUACAUGCCGCACCUCGGCUACUUACUCGGUGUGAAGGCCUGGGCUGAUAACUUGACCAUGCAACAGAAGGAACUGCCAAAUAUGAAAUUUAUGUUCCAAAAUAAUGACUACAUUCACUAUAAGAGCAAAGGCUGCGAAGAACUGGAUAUGAUGAUAGGCGACACGUACCCUGAGAUAGUCGCUCACGAGACCAGGAUCAUGAUGCGGUUGACGGCUGUAGUGUUGGAGAAUCUGCACACACUCGCUUCCGUGAUAGACAAGUGCGCCGAGCUUGAUUGCCUUAUAGCAAUUGCAAAAGUGUGCAAAGAAUUAAACUUUGUUCGACCUACCCUCACAACUGAGAAAGUGAUCAAAGUGAAACAGGGCAAGCACCCACUGUAUAUAACGACCUGCGACAACUUUGUACCCAACGACGCGGAGAGCAGCCGUGAUGCGAGCUUCGUCAAGAUCCUGACGGCGCCUAACUCCGCGGGGAAAUCAGUAUAUUUGAAACAAACAGGUCUGAUCGUAUACCUGGCUCACAUUGGCAGCUUCGUACCGGCAGAGUCAGCCGAGAUCGGUAUAGUGAGCCACAUUUACUCCAGGAUACAGUCCACCGAAUGCGUAGCCGCGCAUAUGUCAGCAUUCCUCAUAGAUUUGAGACAAAUGGCCCUGGCUAUCCAGGAGUCGACAAGCAAUUCGCUGAUCAUAGUCGACGAGUUCGGCAAAGGCACUUCGGAGAUAGACGGGCUGGCGCUGCUCUCCGCCUGUCUCAACACUCUGUUAUUCCGCGGGGAGCAGUGUCCUCACGUGUUUCUGUCGACGCACUUUCUCAAUAUCAAGGAGUUUGUUCUUGAUACGCCUAUUGUGAAGUUUCUUACGUUGGAAUACGUGAUUCGUGGCGGCGAGCAGGUGUUCUUGUUCCGGGUCAUAGCCGGUAGCGGGGACGGGAGCGGGGGCGGCAGCGAGGACGGGGGCGGGCACGGCUGCGCACCGGGUCUGGAGCGCAUGCGCACACGCGCUAUGGCAAUAACUCGCGCCGUACAGAACAAUACUUUACCACCUCCAGAGAAGAAAAUACAAAUCAAAAUAAAAUGUGCCAUAGAAAAAUUAAAAAACGACCUUAUAGCGGAAGAAAUUUAA